CUGCUCUGCUCUGCUCUGCUAGGGUUUUAUUUUUAGCUUUCCUUCACUUUUCUUCUUUGUCGUCAGAAAGACACAUCAAUGGCAUCCUCAUCAUCCGCAUCCGCAUCAUCGAAAAAGGUGAUCCUGAAAUCGUCCGACAACGAGGAAUUCAGCAUCGACGAGGAAGUCGCGCUGGAAUUAGAGACAGUGAAGCACAUGAUCGAAGACGACUGCGCCGACAAUGCGAUUCCUCUGCCGAACGUCACAAGCAAGAUUCUGGCGAAGGUGAUCGAGUACUGUAAAAAACAUGUUGAAUCUGCUGCUGCUGCUGCUGCUGCUGCUGCUUCCCAAUCGGAUCAGUCUAGUAGUAGUAGAACUGUUGCUGUUGAUGGCGAACUCAAGAAGUGGGAUGCGGAUUUUGUUAAUGUUGAUCAGAACACACUCUUCGAUCUAAUCUUGGCUGCUAAUUACCUCAACAUCAAGAGUCUGCUUGACUUGACUUGUCAAACAGUCGCUGAUAUGAUAAAAGGAAAGACUCCGGAGGAGAUUAGGAAGAUAUUCAACAUUAGGAACGACUUUACACCGGAGGAGGAAGAGGCGAUUAAGAAGGAGAACCAAUGGGCUUUUGAAUGAUUUCGUGUCAUUACAAUUAACCUUCUCAAAUCUCAACAAUAUGCGUCUCUUUUGUUUUUGUCUUCUUACAUUGGUAUUAAAGAUUAAAUAUUUUGGUUUUUGUUACUAAUGCUAUUGUUAUCUUAAUUUACUUUAA